AUCGAGUUCAUUUCUAACAUUUUUUUCUGUGGUGGUCUCAACUUAGAUGCACACGUUACAUGUCUGUUCUUCGAAGACUGUGUGUUACCCUGCAGUUUCAGGCCCACAGGGGCCGUGGUCAUCCACUGGUACAAGCAACAGAUCCCAGUCCACAGUUACUACUACAAUAAAGACCAGUACGGACUUCAGAACAAGCACUUCAGCGGUCGGACAAGUCUUUUUAAUUCUCAGAUCGCGCAGGGAAAUGCAUCGCUGGUACUGAGAAAAGUUAAAGUCCUGGACCAGGGGCGCUAUAAGUGCUACACCAGCACCCGGAAGGGAAACCAGGAGACAAUUGUUAACCUAGGGGUGAAAGCCCUAAUUCAGUUUGUGAAGCUUGAGAUGGUUGAGGACAGGGUCACCUGUCUGUCCCAGAACAUCUAUCCUGCUCCUGAGAUCACCUGGGUCACUGAACCCCCUAGUGCUAUCGGUAGCUUCCAGAACUUUACUCGUAAAACAUCAGACACCAAGGGUCUGUUCACCGUCGAAAGCACCAUCAGCAUGACUGGCAACAUCUCUGAUCACACAUACGUCUGCUCUGUUGUCUCAGCGGAUGGAGCGCAGCUCUGGACCGCAUCACUGAAACACCAAGAUGAGUUACUAGGUGAGGAAGGUGCUGGACUCAUUGUUCCCUGCAUGGUGCCUCAACCUCGCCACAAUUUUUCCCUUACAUGGACCUUCAUCAGAAGCACAGAGUCCAUCGUCAUCUUUAACUACGACAGCAGGACUCAUCGGAUUGCUAACUUGUGGGAAAGUAAAGCCGAGCUAGACAUCGAUCAAGCUCACCUGGGUAAUGGUUCCCUUCAUCUGCUAAACCCAGAGAGGUUGGGGCACUCUGGUGUUUACAUAUGCACAUUCUACGGUUUCCAAAUGAGACACCAGGUCCAGACCCCGGUUAAUGUUACAGUUCGUGUAUUUGAUGAUGGUGAAUAUGACUGCAGGAGGUCGUGGUGGGGGACGGCUGCAUCUGUCUUCAUAUUUGUAAUCACUGUAUCUGUAGCUCUGUCACGAUGCUUUAGAAUGAGAGGUGAACAACCAGUGCAAACCCAUCCAGAAGUAAAAAUAGGAAACAAAAGAUGUACAAACAGAACUGAAAUUUCACUACUUCAAAGACAAGGACAUGAUGAGCCCAGGCUUAAUGGUUUGGAAUCUGUACAUACAGAAGUUCACAAAGCGUCAAUCAAAGCAACAGACCUUGAGGCACCUAUUGAGAAUGAUGUCACACCACCUGCAUCAGCAGAACACACUAUAUCUAAUACAUGCCUGAUUAUAAGUGAUUCAUCUUUAUCUGGCACACCAUCAGUUUUCACCAACAGUGAAUCAAGAUCACCAACACCAACGUUUGGCAUCAUAACUUUGUUCUCAUCUAUGAUCACAGAAGCAGCUAAUGGUGAAGAUAUUGAAAGAAAUGAACUUGCUCCUGGUAUACCUGAGUCACAUCUGGAAACAGAUGGUAUUGAGCUUGAAUACACUGCAACUCAGAGAUUUCAUAUCACAGAAAAAUAUGUGUCUCCCACGCCUGAGCUCUCACAGGUUAAUGGCUUCAGGUGAUUGAUCGUAAUUUGAAUAAUUUGAUUGGUGCUGAAUAAUCAUAAUAACCAGAUUUCAGCAUUAACUCCUGAUUUACAGUAGCAGAAUGAAGAAUGAUGCUGGUGUUUAGAAGAAUAUUCAAUCAAACCAACUGGUUGAACCUUAGGUAUUUAAAACUCAACUCACUUUUGAUGCAGAAACGGUUCUGUUUUAAGUAUUGUGUUGUUUUAAGUUAUUUCAGUUCUUUAUAUAUUCUCACUGACCUUUAAGAUAAGAGUAUAAAAUGUAAUUUUCA